UUCGCAUCAAUGAAAAAUCGCGUUUAUUUACCCGCAUGUGUUCUGCGUGCUGUCACUUGCAUUUAAAAUGUCAGCCACGGCAAAAUGAGGUUAUAUCUCGUUUUAAUGACAAUUAUCUGUCUUCUAUGGGAUCGGAACGAACGUUUGGCGCUUGCGAACAAAAGCGCCGAGCCGCAACCGGAGUACAGACCCGAUGGUCCGCUGGUGAUGUGUAAAUUCUUACCCAAGGAGUUCGUGGAAUGCGAGGACCCAGUUGAUCACAAGGGAAACAAGACCGCCAAGGAGGAGACAGGCUUCGGUUGCGUCAAGUUUGGAGGAUCUCGCUAUGAAGAUGUGGAGAAAACCAAGGUGUCCUGUACAGUUCUACCAGACAUUGAGUGUUUUGGACCAAGGACAUUUUUUCGCGAAGGAAUACCAUGUAUAAAGUACAGUGAUCAUUACUUUGCAACGACUCUCUUGUACAGUAUUCUACUGGGUUUUCUUGGCAUGGAUCGUUUCUGUCUUGGACAGACUGGAACAGCAGUGGGCAAACUGUUGACACUGGGUGGCAUGGGCGUGUGGUGGAUUGUUGAUGUUAUCUUACUGGUAACGAACUCCUUGCAGCCAGAGGAUGGCAGUAAUUGGAACCCAUACGUAUAGCAUUUUGAGAAACUAGGGAUCAUUUUUGUAUAUAUUUUAUAAUUUUUGGAAUGACGUUUGUCAUUCCUUGUGAAAGCGGUCAACUUAUAUUCCCAGGUUCAAUCCCUGACUGUUAUCCCAUAUGUACCUUGGUUUUCCGAGUUGACUAAAAAAUUGAAAUUAUGUGAAAGAGUAUGAAUGAUAAUCUGCUUGAUUCCCAUUCCGGGAAUUUGUUUCAUAUUUAAAUUAUUAUAAUUUGUAAAUAAACCAUUGUGAUGCGCUGAUUAAUUUAUGCCCAGUAUACUACAAAUUCUCUUUCACAUAUUAAAAAUAAAAUGUUUAUUUAUAUUUACUUUAUAGAUAUAAACAUAUUUACAUAUAUUUACUUAAAAACUAUAUUGUAAGAAAUAUUAUAAGAAACGUGAAUAGUUAAUAUAUAUAAAAUUACUUAUAAUUCAUAGUCAUCAGGAUCGUAUAAUUCACUAAGCAAUCUGUAUACAUAAGACGGUGCGUUUCCACCCCUGAAAAAAAAUAAAGAUAUUUGUUGUUACUCUA